AUGGCAUCAGCCACUGUUUUAGACUUCCCGCAGUCUCUUCAAAAUGCCAAUGUCCACUCUCACGACGACAGCAAGAUUGGGGAGAGUCUUUUAAGCUCAGCGUACGAGUGGACCGACAAGAUUAGGAAGAAUCUACUCCUCCUCGGGGAAGCUUCCAACGCCGAUGGUACUUUGCCAAAUCCCCAUGUCAUCGACGAGAGUAUCCUGGAUAUACCACGUCGUAGGUCUGCAGACCCUGAGCGAGCCACUCUGGCUGCUUUGAUUGCCCAGCUUCUUUACCCUGGGCCCAGCGACUCCCUCGGCCCUCUCAUCAAAUACGAAGCAGACGUUGUCAAACUUCGAAAAGCUAUUUUGCAACAACGCAAGCGGGAUAUCGAGGAAGCCACGGCCAGGAACAGCCUCCGCAGCUGGGAAGAUCGAAUCCGACGACAAGGUCCCUGGAACGAGCAGGAGGACCCACUCUCUUUAAAUGGUGUCUCUAGCUUGCCUAUGCCGGUCAAGAUCGCAGUAAAGGAGACUUUGGAGCCAUUUUUCGAUCACUUGCAGUCCGGAGGCACACACUUGAGAGACUCGACUAGCCGGGGUAUAGAGGACGCAGUCGAGGCGGAUGAGCCCUUCUACGAUACCCAGACCCUCGAGUUCCAGAAAGGUGUUGUCUACUCCGACCAUCGUAUGGACCUCUGCAAAAUGGUAGUCGGCCACACCAAUAUUGGCGACCUGAUGAAUAGCCUCAGGACAAACACCUUCAUCACUCACUUUCUUUUGGGAAAUAAUAUUAUUGGUCCACAUGGAGCAUAUUGUAUCGCUGAAUUCCUCAAGGAGUUCCCAAAUAGGAUGGACACUUGGUAUCUGGCCGGUAAUUGUAUCGAUGCUCCGUCAUUCGAGCUACUCGUCGACCAAUGGACGCGCUCAACUACAGUCACCAAUAUUUGGCUCAAGCGAAAUCCAUUGAUGGCCUCCUCCGCGAUGAACGUGUAUCGUCUCAUUACCGAAACCAAAAACCUACGGACCUUGGACCUAGAUCAGACCGAGCUUGGUGAUGCAGGCGUUGCGGAAUUAUUCUCGGCCCUGGCCACGCACAAGUCAGAGACACCUCUUGCCCUCCGCCAUAUCUACCUCAACAUGAAUGGUAUUAGUGUUCGCGGCGCUACUGCCAUUGCUGAGUACCUUUCAUCGCCUUCUUGUACUAUCACGUCACUGUACCUCACGAACAAUCCUCUUGGCUCCGCGGGUGUGGUCGCUCUCUCUAACGGCCUGAAGGAGAACAAGACAUUAACCAGACUGACUCUCGCUUCUGUCGGGAUGGGCGACCAAGCAGCGACGGCGUUGUGCUCUUCUCUAGUUGGCCAUCCCACCCUCACCACGCUUGAGAUUGGACACAGCUAUGCGACCGAGGACCUUGGGAUGCGUUAUAACUGGAUCACGGAUCGUUCCGCAUUCUCGAUUGCCAACAUGGUACAAUCCCUCCGCACACUCCGAUAUCUAAGCCUUGGCUACUGCUCCAUCAGCACCGCCGGCAUCAACAGCAUCCUGCGGUCCGUCUGCGACUCAGCAUCACUGGAGUGGUUUAACGGAAAGACAGUCCUCCCAGACAAGCGCGACGCCCUCGAGGUUAAAGCCCGCCAAGAGCGCGUACAACUCUUGAAGACAGCCCAAGCGUUGUUCGAAAAGAACGUGCGGAAGCAGUACGGUGACCAGCUCACCUACGACGAGUUUCUCGCCGACCAGAAGCGCUGGCUGGUGAACGACGAGACGGACGUCCGGAAAAUCGAUAGCGUGUACCGCAAUCGCGAUGCGGGCAUGGCGCGGAGGGGCUUGAAGAAGCUGGAUAAGUGGUGGGAUGAGGCCGAUGAUACCCUCCAGGAGGUCAUGGCGCAGGGCCCCAGCUGCUCCUAUCGGAAACGGCUUGCGGCGUAGGAGGGAGAUUACGACCAUGACUUCUGUUGUCAAUGAGAUUUGUAUAACGGCUUUUUGACGCUUACCAAGGUGGUCGCGCUACGCUGAAGCCUAGAUAUAUAUAUUAAUACGACAUCUCCACUCGCCU